AUGAUUACACUGACAAGCACAGAGCUGAACUAUCUGGUCUAUAGAUAUCUUAUAGAAGAGGGAUAUUCCCAUGCAUCGUAUGUAUUUGGGCACGAGAGCAUGAUAGAAGACAACCCCGCAGUGCCGCAGCUUCAAAGAGACGCACUAAAGCACUAUAUAAUAAAAGGAAUAGAAAUGGAAUAUGUUGAGAAACACUCAAAUAUGGCCACUGGAAUCCGAAAGUGCACAUCAAAAUACAGCAUAUCAUCGCCUCACAUGUGCAUAGAUCAGGAAAUAGAAAUUCAUCCUGUGUACUUAGAGUCUCAGGAAAGCGAUGUAAGUCUGUGUGCAUGGGCGCAGAAUGGAGAAAUGGUGACAGGCAGCCAGAAUUGUUUGCUGAGGCUGUGGGCCAUGCCGAAUGUAAGAAAAGAGUGGAAGGUAGGGAUUAACCAAAACAAUGCCCACGGUAUAACCGGGGUAGCAAUUGAGUCAGACUCUAUUUUCGGGGGCACAAAGAAGGCUACGACUGUAGUAGGGACAACGCAUAAUGGAGAGCUUUUUGUGAGCAAAAAUGGAAAAGAGUGGAAGGCACAGCAGGGCCACAGGGGGCCGAUUGUUGCUGUCUCGCUGAAGGGUGAGGAGCUGCUGACAGGAGGAUGGGAUGGCUUAUGUAAAAAAUGGAAGGUGGAGAAUAAUUCACUUGUAGAUGUAAAGACCUGGCCACUUCACAAAGGACCAAUUAUGGAUAUUCUGUCAAUGGAGCAGGGAGUUAUGACGUGCAGCGCAGAUGGAACACUUGCGUGCAUAGACCAGCACAGCCAGGAAAACCAAAUAGUCAAGCUGGCAGCGCAUGAUGGAGAAAUAAACUCCAUGGUAGAGAUGCAUGGGAGAAUUAUCUCGUGCUCAGACGACAAAAAGCUGAAGAUAUGGAAGUUCAAGGAAAAGGAUCCUUUGAAUGUCUUGACAGGACACACGCAGGAGGUGUAUUCCAUUGCAAGUGCAACAAACAUAUUUGCCUCUGGGUCAUUUGAUGCUACAAUAGGGCUCUGGUCGCCAGAAAGAUCAGAAGCCCUGAAUUUCCUGAUAGGCCACGAGAAGCCCAUAUACACAGUAGACUUUUCAAAGGACGAGACCCUUCUGGCAUCAGGUGGGCUUGAUCCUGUGGUGAAACUGUGGGACAUUCGGUCAAACGAGCUGGUGAAGGAGUUUGACAUUGGGGCUGCAAUCUAUCAGAUUGAGUUUUCUCCAAAAAACAACACGUUGCUUGUGUGCAGCUCUGACCCACGACCAAUCAUUCUUGAUAUUCGGAAAUAG